AUGCCAGUAUCUGAAAAGAUCUUCGCGACAACUGCCCCGGCAGCCCUGUCGGAGAGGCCCCAGCAGACCGACUUCCAGCUGGUGCGAGUCAAGAGCACGUGGAGCCGAAUCAAGAAGGGAGAAGCCCUAUCCAACUGCGAGGACAAGAUAACGCUCUCCGAAGCUAAGAUAGGUGAAUAUGUUUCCGAAGGUGGGAUUUCCUGGACAAUUGAAGCUCCCAUCUACUUUUGCUACAAAGUGGUAGAAACAUUCAACAUUCUGGAUCCCUCUAACACCACUCUCCUUUGGGGUCACAUUACUGACCCCCAGCAACUAGAGCUGGCCACUAGCAGCAAAAGGAAGUUGAGGCGUUUUAUUGUCAUGGAUGAAGUAGUAGACGAACUUUAUGGUUCCAAAGUGAGACACUACUUCGAAGAGAAUAAUGUUCAAUACAAAAUCCUUGCUCUGCCCACCACUGAAGAAACAAAAUCCAUGGAUCUGGUCUUGAACAUCUUGGAAGAAGUUCAGACCUUCAGCAUCGACAGGCGAACAGAGCCCAUCAUCGCCAUCGGAGGAGGGGUUUGUCUGGAUAUUGUAGGACUUGCAGCAUCGCUCUACAGAAGACGCACUCCCUACAUUCGUGUCCCAACCACGCUCCUGUCCUAUGUCGAUGCCAGUGUGGGGGCAAAGAACGGAGUGAAUUUCCUCCAGUGCAAGAACAAGCUUGGAGGCUACACUCCCCCAGUUGCUAGUUUUCUGGAUAGAUCCUUCAUUCAAAGUAUUCCUCGGCGACACAUCUCCAAUGGCCUUGGUGAAAUUUUAAAGAUGGCACUCAUGAAACACAAAGGGUUGUUUGACUUGCUCAAGAGCCAUGGAAAAUACUUGCUGGACACCAAGUUUCAGUCUUACAGUGACUCUGCUGGCCGCGGGGAUGCUGCACUCCAGACUACUAGAAUUGCUAUCGAAACCAUGUUGGAGGAGCUGGCUCCCAACCUCUGGGAGGAUGACCUGGACAGACUGGUUGAUUUUGGUCACCUUAUAAGCCCAGAGCUGGAAAUGCGGGUUUUACCGUCGCUGAUGCACGGGGAGGCCGUGAACAUCGACAUGGCCUUCAUGACCUACGUGGCCUACGUCAGGGGGCUCAUCACCCCCGAGGAGAAGGAGCAGAUCAUCCAGUGCAUGCGGGGCCUGGAGCUGCCGGUGUGGCACGGCGGCUGCAGCUGGCGCCUCAUCCAACGGGCGCUGCUGGAGCGGCUGAAGCACAGCGGCGGGCAGCCCCGCAUGCCUCUGCCCACCGGCCUCGGCGUGGCAGAGAUAUUCAACGACACCAGCGAGGAGACCCUGGAGAAGGCGUACAAGCUGUGGGUCAGCGACUGCAGGACGGCGCUGGAGGAAGAGCCGCACGCCAAAAGCAGUAAGGAAGAACUUCAUGGUACUCUGCACAGUCACAUCUGUCAUGUGGUUUUGGCAAAAGUGAGAGUUAUUAGGUAUUCUACCUACCCGGUCAGGAAAGCCACAGCCGGCCCCGUGUCACACAAAAGACACCGUCACCAGACAGCCGGACCGGGCAACGCUUCCGUCCAUCUCACGCCACCUCGUGCGUGCCAGACCCUGCCUCAAUCGCUGCCCGUCCACGGCAAUCAUCCCCCCGUGCCGCACCACGCUACGCAAGAGAACGAGGACACCUGGAAUCAGCACGGCUUUGUACCUCCACGGAUGUCCCGACUCCCAGGCCUGAACGUCUCCUUGCAAAAGAGGAGCAAACUCGGAGAAGGGCUGCGGCCGGCGGAAGCGCGGGAUGAGACGGCGAACGGGCCGCAGCCGAGUCGCGCCUCACCUCGGAGCAGCACAACCCGCUGA